AUGGUCUACCAGAACCGCGCAGUGAACCUGGAGGUGCUAACAUGCUACCUUCUCGCCGACAUCUCUGAUGAACAGCUACAGGCGUUCAAGGCGGCCUUUGAGCUCGGAAAUUUCGCACGAUUCUCUCCCAUGCUGAGCAUUAAGAUUGUUCGCCCGCCCGAGGACUACAUUGGCAAAUCUCAUGAAUACAUCCGCCGCAAAGAGGAUGAAGCCGGCCGCGAACAGCACUUUCUCAUUCUAGAUGACAGAGCUGUGAAGAACGAUGCUGUUUGGUACAUUAAAUGGUUCGCGGAUGAUGAGCCCAUGGAUGACGGCGCUGAGAGCUCAGACGUUUUGUGGAAAAUACUCGUCCGAACUGAUAAGCUGGGAAUGGUUUAUGUAAACUACGACAUCGGCAACAUGUCUAUUCAAGAAGAUUUGGAUGGCUGCGGCGUCGAGUUUCCCGUAAAGGCGGGGUAUGAACAGCCUAAAGUAUACGAUUUGGACAUGGACAUGCACAAGGAGCAAUAUCGCCAGCCGACAUGGGUCAGAGCCGAACCCCACGAAUUCGAAUACAACAAGGGCGGCGAAAAGUUUGGAGAUUAUGUCGCGCCGCCAAGGACACUUGCAAGAUUAAAAGAUGAGGUCGCAGAAGCAGAGGGCGUGUUGAACGACUGGGUAACGCCUCAUCCAGCGGGCCCGUUGCGAAUGCCCAAUGGGAAGAUGAAGGAGUCUCCUGAGGGAACAAUGGUUUUGCAACUCAAGAUCAACCCCGAAUUCCCUUGGCCGCCAUUCAAGUGGCCUAGUGGGUCACUAUGA